CAGGCCUGGGCUCAGGACGACAAGGAGGUCAGGAAGAGGAUUCUAAACUUUCAAGGGGCCCAGGAGAAUGAAAGCGUUUGCUUCGAGGUCUUGCAGCUCAGCCUGAGGCUGUGACCAGCUCCUGCAGCCCCACCAGAAAGCAAGGUGCAGGGUUGAGCUGGGGCCCAGAGUGGGAUCUUAAUAAUUAUUUUUCCGCACACAACUUCCAAGCCUUUCCCCCAUUCCUGCCCUCAACUCGGGAGACUUGCAAAGCCCUAAGAAGGGAUGAGCAACUCAUUCUUUGAUCAUGUUAUCCAGAGUGAAAAUCAUAAUGAUGAUAAUAACAGUGAAGGCACAAAUAAACUAACCGCGCCCUGAGAAAGUGGGGGAAAGGCUCAGACCCGUCCUCUGUAAAAAGGCUCAGCCUCGCGGGUGAGUCACGGCCAGGUUUCUUCCUCGCUGGGCAGACUCAGGGAGCUAAGAACCAGGCACCACCGCCGCCAUGGCGGCCUGCGGCCCGCGCUCCCACCGAUCGCCGGGAGGUGGCGCGCUCUGCUCAGAGGCCAACGCCAACCUUCUCCCGAUUUCUCCCCCUUGUCUUUUUCCCCCUCUCUCCGAGGCUCGCAUUGAAUCGGCCCUAACGAUUCUCGGAUCGUCAUUAUUUGUAACCAUAGAGCAUGAAUUACCUCUUGAGGUCAUCAGCGAGAAUUUACGACUGGUCAACAAAAGCACGUGAUUCCCUAACGCCCCCCCAUCCCCCUUCCAACCUCCCCCCCCAUAUUUGGCCGCAUACAUAGCAAAACGAAGUACAGUGCAUCGCUAUAAUUCAUUAAUACAUCAUAAAUCGUGAAGCACAGGGUUAUAACGACCACGAUCCACAAAUCAAGCCCUCCAAAAUCACCCAAAUGAGCUCGUACUUUGUAAACUCCUUCUCGGGGCGUUAUCCAAAUGGCCCGGACUAUCAGUUGCUAAAUUAUGGCAGUGGCAGCUCUCUGAGCGGCUCUUACAGGGAUCCCGCUGCCAUGCACACCGGCUCCUACGGCUACAAUUACAAUGGGAUGGACCUCAGCGUCAACCGCUCCUCCUCGGCCUCCUCCAGCCACUUUGGGGCGGUGGGCGAGAGCUCGCGCGCCUUCCCCGCGCCCGCCCAGGAGCCCCGCUUCAGGCAGGCGGCGUCGAGCUGCUCCCUGUCCUCGCCCGAGUCCCUGCCCUGCACCAACGGCGACAGCCACGGCACCAAGCCCUCCGCUUCGUCCCCCUCCGACCAGGCGACCCCGGCCAGCUCCAGCGCCAAUUUCACCGAGAUAGACGAGGCCAGCGCGUCCUCGGAGCCCGAGGAAGCCUCCAGCCAGCUCGGCAGCCCCAGCCUGGCGCGGGCGCAGCCGGAGCCCAUGGCCACCUCCACGGCCGCGCCCGAGGGGCAGGCUCCGCAGAUAUUCCCGUGGAUGCGGAAGCUUCACAUCAGCCAUGAUAUGACUGGGCCAGACGGGAAGAGGGCCCGGACCGCGUACACGCGCUACCAGACGCUGGAGCUGGAGAAGGAAUUCCACUUCAACCGCUACCUGACCCGGCGGAGGCGCAUCGAGAUCGCCCACGCGCUCUGCCUGUCCGAGCGCCAGAUCAAGAUCUGGUUCCAGAACCGGCGCAUGAAGUGGAAGAAAGACAACAAACUGAAAAGUAUGAGCCUGGCUACAGCCGGCAGCGCCUUCCAGCCCUGAGCCUUGAGCCCGCCCGCCCAGAGGAGCCCCCGGCGGCCCAAGAGCCCGCGCCAGCCCCAGUCCCGGCCCCUCCGACCCUCCCUGCGCUGCCGCCGCCCACUGGGGACCGGUUCCCACGAGCCUGCCUCACCCGGCCUUGUGUUCUGAUUUUUCGUUUGGUCUUAGGUCUUCCUGUGGCUCCCUCUCCCUCUCUCUCUCUCUCUCUCUCUCUCUCUCUCGGACUGGUUAUCUUGUUACUAUUGUUAAUACUAAUAACGAUGAUGAUGAUAAUACUUAUUAUUUUCCCUCCGGACUCCCUCCUCCCCUCUGCUCGCCCCCAAAUUCGCCAGUGUUUCUGAAUGUUCCUGUCUGUGGUUGCGCUCUUUCCCCCAGGAAGAAAAAAAAAAAAAGAAAUUCGCAUGUUUAAUGUGGACUUUCCCCUCCCCAUCUGUGUCCUAACUUAUUUACAAAGGGAUGAUGGCUAUAUUUUGAGUUUCAGCUGGAGACUUCUCUAAGGGCAGCAGUUGAGUGGGGUAGUGUCGCAGUACUGGGCCCAGCUGAGCUGGCCUCUGAGAUGGAGUCCAUGGCUAUGUCUCCUUCCACCCUCUCCUCCUCCUCCUCCUCCUCCUCUUCUUCUUCCUCCUCCUCUUCCUCUCUCCCCAGGCCCAGGUCUCCCAGUGGCUUGGUCCUGGGUGGGAAGGGGCCACACGGAGGAACCAGAGGUGACAUGGAGAGAAGGAAGGAAAAGAGCGAGGUUUAAGUUCCUGCUGCCUGAUAGGCCUCACAAGGCCUGGUCUAGGGGUGGACGGAAACAGAAGAAAUAAUCCUCUGUGUAAAAUGUCUCGUGUGUAUUUCUUUGUGAAUCCUUGGGUCUGGCUGGAGGGUCCAACGCUUGUAAAUAUGGGAACAGCCUAGGUCAGACCCAGCUCUUCCUUCCUAACCCAUUUGCUACCAAGACCAUUUCUAGUGAGCAGCGAGUGGAUGCCGUGCCGUGUGUUAAAUCUGUCUUUCCCAAGGCCUGUCUCAGUGAUUCGCUUUUGGUAUUUGUUUGUAGCUUUCCUUAAAGUCAAAUAAAUGUUUCCCCCACUCCCUUGCCCUUCCACUUGUCUUUUCUGCGGGGUUCUGCCUCUCCUGUCGCCGAGCACACCCUGGAUCAUUCUCCAUGAAUCUAGGGUGCAGGCCAGGACAGU